CCCUCCGAAUUCACCACUUUGCGUUAGACAGACGCCGCCGUCGAGCGUUAGUUGCUCUGUCAAGGGGUUGAAUUACAUUACGGGCAAAGCAGCUAACAUUUACCGGCAAAUUGAGCAAUACAAUUUCAUUUAACGUAACUGUGAUAAAAUCGAAACGGUGUUUUUAAAUACAUAAUCCGAUAUUAUAAGCAGUGAGGGUUGUAGUGACGACGGAAAGGGGCGAGGUUGUUAGUGGUUCGGUUUGAUAGUGAAAAUACGAAAAUAAUGUGGAGCAGUAGAACAAAACAUUGUAUUCAUUGUUGUUCGUUGUUUACGGUGAUUACAAUAUUUGAAAUUUUUACUGGAGGAAUAAAACUUUGGCCGGAUGCCACGCUCGAAAUCAACCCUUGGGUGCGGUACGGGUAUAUGUGGACCGUCGUCCUGUAUCUUCUAAGAUUAGUGACCUUCCUUCCGUUACCCCAAGUAAUGUAUAACUUCGUCGGUAUGACUAUGUAUAAUGCAUUUCCGGACAAAGUGACCUUAAAGGGAUCUCCGUUGCUCGCGCCUUUUAUUUGCAUUCGCAUUGUGACCAGAGGGGAUUAUAAGGAGCUGGUGCGCUCGAACGUAAACCGCAACAUGAAUAAGUGCAUCGAAGCCGGUUUGGAGAAUUUUUUAAUCGAAGUCGUUACAGACAAACGCAUCGGUCUGCAACAGCAUCGCAGAAUUCGAGAGGUUGUUGUACCACCUAAUUAUCGCACGAAAUCGGGUGCACUCUUCAAAGCGCGCGCUUUACAGUACUGUCUGGAGGAGUCCGUUAAUAUUCUCGCCGAGAACGACUGGAUUGUGCAUCUCGACGAGGAGACUUUGCUAACCGAAAAUUCCGUGCGCGGCAUUUUAAAUUUCGUAAUGGACGGUAAGCAUCAGUUCGGACAGGGACUAAUUACGUACGCUAACGAAGACGUUGUUAAUUGGGUUACAACGCUCGCCGAUAGCUUCCGUGUUGCCGACGAUAUGGGAAAACUCAGGUUGCAAUUUUAUAUGUUCCACAAGCCGUUGUUUAGUUGGAAAGGGUCCUUUGUUGUUACGCAGGUUGGCGCCGAAAAAAGAGUGUCAUUUGACAAUGGUCCCGAUGGUUCAGUGGCAGAAGACUGUUACUUCGCGAUGAUGGCAUUUAAUGAGGGCUAUACGUUUAAUUUCAUCGAGGGAGAAAUGUGGGAAAAAUCGCCGUUUACGUUGUCGGAUUUUGUACAACAGCGCAAGCGUUGGCUUCAAGGUAUACUUUUAGUGGUCCACUCCAAGUCUAUACCUUGGCAAAAGAAGAUUUUGCUCUGCAUCUCGUGCUACUCCUGGGUUACACUUCCAUUAUCUACUUCGAACGUAAUAUUAGCCGCACUUUGUCCUAUCCCUUGUCCUCCACUUAUUGAUUUUAUAUGUGCAUUUAUCGGCGCGGUCAAUAUUUAUAUGUACAUUUUUGGAGUUGUUAAAUCAUUUACAAUUUAUAGAUUCGGUCUUGUACGGUUUAUACUUUGUAUAUGCGGAGCAUUGUUAACCAUACCUAUUAACAUUAUUAUUGAAAACAUCGCCGUUAUUUGGGGCAUUAUUGGUGAAAAGCAUAAGUUCUACAUAGUAAAUAAAAAUGUUCGGCCACCAAUUACCGUCUAGUGUUUUUUAUAUAGGUAUAUUUGAAGACGUUAGUUAUAUGUCUCCUCUACUAUAGGAUUUAUUAUCAGUUUUGGUAUGCAAGCGUUAAUAGACGAUCGCCCUUAUACCAAUUGUAUGUUCUAAUCUACAUCUAGUCAUAUAGGUAUAACAGUAUUAGUGAUAUAGUGUAAAUAAUUUGUUUGUUUGGGAUUCCUUAAUUUUUCACAUCUAUUCAGCGUUACAGGCAAGACGAUCAGGACUAUAUCUAUGACCAUUAGGCUAUCAUUUCCAUUUAAAUUGGCAUGCGGAAGAAAGUUUUGUUUGAAUAUCUUUUCAUAUCUUAAAGAUUUAUUAAAACAAUAGCUAAUCACUAAUCAGUAAAGAUACCUUUGCUUGAUUUUUGAAUUUUCCUGUUAAAAGUAAAUUUGUGAUGUGCAUAUCAGCGAAAAAUUAUGUAAAUAUAAGCGGCAAAUGAUUAAAUAAUGUAAAUAAAAAUAUAUUUAUAUUUGAGGAUAUUAAGUAGGUAUCUAACGUUGAGGGCUUUGAAUACGUUGAGGGUAAUGUAUUAUUGUAUUGUACCUAUAGUUCUGUUUCAUUUUUCAUAAUGUAAUCGUUAACACAAUCUCUCAACAGGCUAUGGUAAAAUGACUAUUUCAGUUUGUGUUGUUGCUGUACUUUAGCAUGUUGCGUCAGGUUAUAUUAUUCAGGUGUUCAUUGCAGCUUCAUUUCAUUCCUCUCUUCACGCAAAUCUUUUUGAGAGAUACACAUACGUUCCUCUUCCAUAAGUUUAACAAAUUUUCAUAAUAAUCUAAACUAUAAUAGUAGAUCGUAGUUAGGUAUGCCUACAUGUCUCAUUGGAAUUACCACACGGAUAAUUGUACCUCUAUGCUCAACAUGCUAUAACUAAUGUCACAUCAGUGUUUCAUUUAGCCUUGUAAAUUAAAAACUAUUAUUUAAUUAUAAUCUGUAGAUUUGUCUAAAUAUAUUUUUAAAUGUUUGGUGACAUUCAUGCCAUUGUUUUCUAGUAGUUCUAGUUAGUUGUUUGUUAUCUGUUGAUCAUUGCUGGUGAUGUAAUAAUCAAAUUAUUUAUAGAACGUAUUUAUUUAUAAGUUUUAGGUCACUUGUUGAAAAAUCACUUAGUUUAGUUAAAUGCCAUAAAAAAGCAUAUGCCGCAGAUGUAAUACAACUUCCUCUUGUUCAUAGGUAUAUUACUAUCAGUAUUAAGAGAGAAGAAGUAACUAGUCAAAUAUUAAUGAAUAAAAAAUGUGCAAGAAGUAAUAUAGGAGUCGAGACAAAAGAGUACGACAUACAAAAAUACAUUUAAAAAAGCAUACAUCAAUAAAUAUU